AAAGUGUCAUGGCGUCUAAACGGAAGACACACUGUGAAGUUGACAGAGACAAUUAAUGAAGUAUACCUGUACGGGCUGAAAGCAUUAUGUAAGCAUCAUCUGUGAGACAUUGCCAUGAGAGGUAAAAGCAGAAAAGUUAUGGAAGUUUACAGUGUAAUAGUAAUAUUCUGUAUGCUGCUUGGAAAGACAGUGGGGAUAACUAAAAAAGUUUAUAAUAUGGACUCUGCCCUUGACUGUGGUUACAUUGGUUCACAGACAAUAGAGAGUGGCCAGUCUGUAACUGUCAAUGCUAAGGAGACAGAUACAUCAUCAUCCUCACAACUUGGAUGUACGAUAAAUUUCCUAACAGCAGACAAUGAUGCAACAAUAAGGGUGGACUUUGAAAGCUUUAUUAUCAAUACUUGUGCUGUGAAACUCUAUCUCUCAGGGGACGGAAGUGGAAGUAUGAGCUCCUACAGUUGUGGUGACAAUCCCAGCACUUACUUUUCUGUUGGACGAACAGUGACCAUGACUUUACACAGAGCGAGUGUAUCAGAUAACCAGUAUGGUUUCAAGCUUAAAGUUACAGCUGUUCGAAAUGACAGGUAUCCACUGCCUUCGGAUUCCAAUCCAAUUGCUGUAGGGCUUGUGAUAGGUAUUGUUGGAUCUAUUUUUGGAGUCAUAUUCAUUGCAUCAUGUGUUGGAAUCUGUUGCUUUCGAAAGUACCGAGCUAGGCGCCGGCCCUUCAUUUUUGAGCACAAAACGAGAGAAAAUUUUGAUGAAACAUCAAAUAGUGUUAGUGUAGGGUAUACAAAUGAAAGUAUGAGGGGAUCACCUGCAUCUAAGAAAAAACUUCUGGCUCCCUCUGAUAGUAGUGAUGAAAAAGGGGAUACACAUAAGCGGAAUGGGUAUCCGGGAAAUGGAAGGAGUCAAAAUACUGGUAACAUACCGGCUCCUCCUCCAGCACCUAGACCAGACAUUCUGAUGAAUACAGGGAACAGAAAUGAUUUCAGAAGCAGAAAUGCAGAAGCAAUGAACGAGAAACCCUCAGAAAGUCAACAAAAUAAUCCCAUGUUAAGUGCUCUGCACUCAAAUCCGAAGUUUAGAAACUCUUUCAAGGAAAAUGAAAGAGAUGCUAAUGAAAGAGCGAAAAGAAUUUCAUCAACAUCUUCAUUUGAACGAUUUGGGCAGGCACCAAGUCCUCCAUCGUCACAGGAAAAUGUUUCACGUCCAUCAGUUGAGCCAGUUCCACUUUCUAGAUCUCCAAAAAGAGACAAACAAAAACGUGCAGGAAUUGGUCGUCAACCAAGGACACCAUCUUUUUCUUCUGAUGAGCUAGGGCAGAUAGAGCGUGGUCGUAUGAAUGAUGGUAAUAGCACAGCGUCAUCAAGUGAGGCACCGAUUUCUAAAGCAGAAGGAGAAAAGAAAAAAGCAGACACAACACAUUCUCUAAGACCAGAUAGAAAAGGUCCUAAAGGUCGGAAGAAACAAACACAAUCAGUGUCAAGUGCAUUAGAUCCUGAACCAAAACCUAGCCCAAGGACUGGGCGGGAUAUAGUUGCGUCAACUGACUUGGUGAUGGAUGUUAAACCUAGCCCUAAGACUCAGAGGGAUCGCUUUCUUGAAAGUAAUAGAGAACCCAAUGAUUCAUUUGAAAAGAUGGGUUCAGGCAGAUACAGUAAGAGGUCUACUGGGAGAAAGUCACCUAGACCACCCGGAAAAAAUUCAGGCCGAGGUUUUAGCCAUCGCAGAGCACGCAGUACAGAUCAGUUUGAUUCCCGUCCAACAACACCUAGCAUGUACGGAUCUUUGGAGGACCUUGACUUGCCACCUUUGAAAAGGUCAACAUCAAAGACUUCUCUUUAUUCUUCCCGAUCUUCCCUUUAUGACCGACGCCGACGAAGGAAGGGUUCAACUUGUUCUUAUGGAGAAUCUGUCGCUUCGCAUGUCAGAGAUGAUAUGUCAGUUGGUCGUCAUUCAAGGGGCUAUGAUGAUGAAUUUUAUUCAGAUGAGAGUGACUUUGAUGGUUACGAGAAACCUCUUUCCCGGCGAGAUCGGGACAGAAUGUAUAGGUCAGAGAACGAUCUGGGUCGCAGAGUGAAAGAAAUUGCGACUCAGACACUAAGAGAAACUGCAACACAGACUGGUGCUGAAGAUUCAGUGACUUUUGAAUCCAAACGUCUAGUGAAGAAGAAGCGCAGAUCAAAAAGUGUGUCUUCAUCAGCGACUCAGACUACAAAGAAAAAGAAAAAGACUAAAUCAACUGAAAGAUUAGAUGAAAUUGGGAAGGAGAAAGGGAAAACAGGAACAAAACGCUCAAAAAGUGUACCUGAUAUUCUUCACAGUGAGGAACUGGAAAAGCCUAAAAUAAAACCAAAACCUAAACCCAGGAAAUCUGCAAGUGCUGAAACACAUCUGGAUGAAAUAGUUAAAAGUGCUUCAAAAGAAAAUCUGGCUGAUCCUAAAAAUACGUACUAUCCUCAGUCAGAAGGAUUUGUUCCACAACCUUACCCUCCACAGCCAGCUUACCCAAUGAUGGUGCAACCAGGCUACCAGGGGCAACCAGGAAUGCCUGUAGGAUACCCAUACCCUAUGCAAGGGGCACCUCAGGGCUACCCAGGGUAUCCUGCUCGACCCCAGCAGCCACCUCCCCAACAAAUGGUGCCACCCCAGCCUCCAAGGAAUCAGCCAGCACCCAGGCAACCAAGAAAGUCUAACUGGGAAAUGCUAUGUGAAAUGACUGAUGGUGAGUAUAAAAAAGAUGAUGUGACAGAAACAGGUUCUGUUGCUAGCUCAGUGUUCACAAACAAUCCUGCAAGUAUGCAGGGAUACGGACCCUCGUAUCAUCCACCAGCAUAUAACACACAUCAGUUUUACUUACCGGUACAGCCGGGAACCAAUCAGGUGCAAGCUCCGCCUCCACAGAAUAGGAGUGUGGACAGUUAUGAAAAUGCUAUACAUGGAGUUCCCCCUCAGGACUAUGAAAAUGCAAAUUUUGUAGCUAAAAACAUUCCAGGUGGCCGACAAGAUGAUGCUAUGAGUAAGCAGUCAUCUUGGAGUCAGCUGAAAGAAAUGACUGAACCUCCAAAAGCUACCACUAAUGUAAAUAGCAAAAACUCCAGGAAUGAAAGUGUUGUAUAAAUGUACAUGAUUUUCUUAUUGAAAAAGUUUAUGUAAUGUCAUCAGUUACAUGAAUAAGACUUGUCAUAGCAGUGCUGUACUUUAUGUUUAAACAUUUUUAGUUAUGGGAAUGAUUUACAAUGAUGUUGUUCACUUCUUUUAUUUAUGUUGAAUAUAAAUUACUUAUGUUUUAAUGCUGUUUUCAGCUCAGAUUUUGAGUAAUUAAAGACUUCUGUUAACUGUAAAAAAAAAAGUAAGAAAAAAUAAAAUAAGCUGUGAUUUACUUCCCUCCUUUAGUGUUGUACCAUCCUUUCAUUAAGAAUUUCCUUAUUUGGUUUAAAUAUUUGAAAAAGUUUUAUUUUUAAAUCAAAUAAUUUUAGUAGGAAAAUAUCAGUUGCUUUUUAAAAAAAAAAAUAGACAUAGAACUUGAAGUAAUGCUUAUAAAAGAUACAAAGUAGUUCAUAAGGUGGAUUUUUUUUUUUUUUUUUAUAUAUAUAGAAACACAAAAAUUUUUAGUUUGAUUUAUAUUUUUAUUUUUUACAUGUGAGUCAAGAAUUAUAUAAAUUUUGUAGAUUUGUUGUAUUAUUAUUGUAUAUUUUAAUCUGUCUGAUGUGCUUGAAGUAUGUCUUUAGUAGUUUUGAACUUACAGAUACUGGAUAUAAUUUUCAAACUCUCUGUUGAUUUUAAUAAAAAUUAAGAAAGUAAGUCUGAAAAAAAUUAUAACAGCAUAACAGUUUAGGAAUAACCAUUGUUUAGGAAUGUUUAAUUUAUACACAGUUUUACUUCUGUUGUGUUUUACUGUAAAAAUAAGAAAACAAGCAUUUUUAUUGUGUGUAUGGUUUAUUUCAUACUUUCAGUUUUUAAUGUGUUUUAAUUUCAGAACAUGGGCUGAUUUGUAGCACAUGUUAAAGACAGUAAAGCGCCAAAAUACAUUACAUUAGCCAGUACACUCAGGUAUAAAUCAAAGUACCUAAACACAGAAUGGGGAAGUGAUUGUCUUGCAUUUUGUAUUCAUUUUUAGCUUGACUAUUCGAAGAAUAGGGGACCUAUCCUACUCGCUCUGGUGUCGGCGUUAGCGUGAGCGUCACACAAAGUUUGCGUACCACCCCAAAUAUUUUCAAAGUCCAUUGAGAUAUUGCUUUCAUAUUUUGCAUACUUGUUUACCAUCAUGACCCCAGUCUGUAAAAAGGAGGCAACUCUAUCAAGCAUUUUGACUGAAUUAAGCACUGAGAAUAGUCGAGCGCGCUGUCAACUGACAGCUCUUGUUAGCUCAACAAGAAGAGCUAUCCUACUCACCACAGCAUCAGCGUUGGCAUCACACCUUGGUUAAGUUUUUCGUGCCAGUCCACAUUUUGACAAAGUCUUUUGAGAUAAAGCUUUGAAACCUUCAACACUUGUUUACCAUUACCUUGUCCAGUUUUAGACAAGAGUACAGAACUCCAUCAAGAAUUUUGGCUGAAUUAUGGCCCCUUUUAACUUAGAAACCUUGGUUAAGUUUUUGACCUAUGGCUUUGAAACUGUUAUCACUUGUUUAUUAGAACAGUCUCUAUCUGUAGGCAUGAGUACAUAACUCUGUCUACUAUUUUGGCUGAAUUACUGCUCUUUUAGGACUUGGAAAUUGGUACAAUUUUCAUACAAGUCAGCGUUUUGUCAAAACUAUUUGACCUGUGGCUUUGAAACUUUGAACACAUGUUUAUCAUCAUGAUUUCCAUCAGUAGGCAAGAGUACAUAACUAUGUCAAUUAUUUUGGCUUAAUUAUGGCCCUUUUUUGGACUUGGAAAUCAGUUAAAAAUUUCAUACCAGUCCAUAUUUUGCCUGACCUAUUCGUCAUAUGGCUUUGAAACUUUGACCACUUGUUUACCAUCAUAGUCUACAUAUGUAGGCAAGACUACAUAAGUAGGACAAGGACUUUGCUCAGUAAAGGCCCUUUUUAGCUCAUCUGAUUUUUUGAAAAAAAAUGAUGAGUUAUUGUCAUCACUUGAGCGGUUGUCGGCGUCGGCGUUGCCUGGUUAAGUUUUAUGUUUAGGUCAGCCUUUCUCCUAAACUAUCAAAGCUAUUGCUUUGAAACUUGGAAUACUUGUUCACCAUCAUAAGCUGACCCUGUAUAGCAAGAAACAUAACUCAAUCUUGCUUUUUGCAAGAUUUAUGGCCCCUUUUGUACUUUGAAAAUAUCAGAUUUCUUGGUUAAGUUUCAUGUUUAGGUCAACUUUUCUCCUAAACUAUCAAAGCUAUUGUUUUGAAACUUGGAAUACUUGUUCACCAUCAUAAGCAGACCCUGUACAUCAAGAAACAUAACUCCAUCUUGCUUUUUGCAAGAAUUAUUGCCCCUUUUGGACUUACAAAAUCAGUUUUUUUGGUUAAGUUUUAUGUUUAGGUCAGCUUUAAUCCUAAACUAUCAUAGCUAUUGCUUUAAAACUUGCAACACUUGUUCACCAUCAUAAGCUGACCCUGUACAGCAAGAAACAUAACUCCAUCCUGCUUUUUUGCAAGAUUUAUGGCCCCUUUUGGACUUAGAAAAUACCAGAUUUCUUGGUUAAGUUUUAUGUUUAGGUCAACUUUUUCUCUUAAACUAUCAAAGCUAUUGCUUUAAAACUUGCAACUCUUGUUCACCAUCAUAAGCUGACCCUGUACAGCAAGCAACAUAACUCCAUCCUGCUUUUUGCAAUAAUUAUUGCCCCUUUUGGACUUAGAAAAAUCAUUUUCUUGGUUGAAUAUUAUGUUUAAGUCAACUUUUCUCAUAAACUAUCAAAGCUAUUGCUUUAAAACUUGCAACAGUUUUUCACCAUCAUAAGUGGACACUGUACAUCAAGAAACAUAACUCUAUCCUGCUUUUUGCAAGAAUGAUGGCCCUUUUUAGACUUAGAAAAUCAUGGGUAGGACAAUAUUUCUAUUAUACAAAAAAAAUCAGAUGAGCGUCAGCACCCGCAAGGCGGUGCUCUUGUUUGACAUAGAAAUUAGUUAAGUUUCCCAUACCAUGUCAUAUUUUGUCUAAACUAUUUGAUAUAUGGCUUUAAAACUUUGAACACUUGCUUACCAUCAUUGUCACACAUUUGCCAUAUGGUGCAAGACUUAUCCAAAUCCACAAAUACAGGCACAUUGUUUGUCUUAUCUGUUAUUUUUCUUUUGUCUGAAAAUCUCAGGUAAUAUUUUGACCCCAUACUGCCAUCAAUGCUUCGAAUAGUCGAGCACGCUGUCAACAGACAGCUCUUGUUAAUGCAGAUAGGAAAUGUUUCACACCUGUGACUAUAAGAGACAAUCAUAGUUAACAAAAUGGAUAAAUAAUCAGUUAUAUCAUAAGCAGAGUUAUUCUGUAUAAGAUAUACAUGUUACCUACAUUCCUUGUGCAGAUAUCUACACAAGUAUUUACAGUUCCCUCCAUCGUCCUCUAAUUGGUCUCCCAUCUUUGAGAUUAAUGAUUUUCUCGUAUUUUCUUCACUUCCCUAUGAAUCUCGUUUCAGAAUCAAAGGUCAUAAAAUCUUUAAUGUUUUCAAUAUUAAUUUUUUGUUUUUUUUUCAUUGUUGAGGAUAAACAUUAUUAUCAUCUUAAAGCUUAUAUACCAUGCAAAAGCCACUAACUGGUGCCUCACAUUUCACAUUGUGCAAGUUAAAUUCUACUGAAUUACAUUUUUGUAUAUUAUUAUAUUCCUGUAAGUUACAUUCCGAUGAGUUACAUUCCUUUAAAUGAUACUGUUGAAAGCUACAGUCCUGUCCAUCAAAAUGAUAGUUUGAAAAUCAAAAAAAAAAAAAUUCAGAUAUUUUAAUUAUAGCCUUACAAAAAAUAAUGUUUAAAAGAAAGGUGAUGUUAUAGAACUAUUUGUAGUCAGCAUUGUAGAGGUAUGCUUAGUUAAGUUACUGCCUGGCUGCUUUGUUAAAGGGACAUGCAUUCAGAUUUUUAUGCCCCCAAAGGGAGGCAUAUAAGAUUUCAACUGUCCGUUCAUUCAUUAGUUAGUUCGUUCGUUCGUCACAACGUUAACUUUUUGCAUGAAGGCACUUUACUUGCGAACCACAGCACCCAGGACCUUCAAACUUCACGUGCUGAUAGUACUUAUUGAGUACACCACCCCUACUGACUUUGGGUUCACCAGGUUAAAGGUCAAGGUCACAGGGGCCAGUGUUAACUUUUUGCAUGAAGGCACUUUACUCGUGAACCACUUCACCCAGGACCUUCAAACUUCACAUGCUGAUAGUACUUACUGAGUACACCACCCCUACUGACUUUGGGGUCACCAGGUCAAAGUUCAAGGUCACAGGGGCCAACGUUAACUUUUUGCAUGAAGGCACUUUACUCGCGAACCACUGCACCCAGGACCUUCAAACUUCACAUGCUGAUAGUACUUACUGAGUACACCACCCCUACUGACUUUGGGGUCACCAGGUCAAGGUCACAGGGGCCAACGUUAACUUUUUGCAUGAAGGCACUUUACUCGCGAACCACUGCACCCAGGACCUUCAAACUUCACAUGCUGAUAGUACUUACUGAGUACACCACCCCUACUGACUUUGGGGUCACAAGGUCAAAGGUCAAGGUGCUGCGGGGGCAUUUGUCACCAUUAGUGACAGCUCUUUUUGUUCUAUUUUUUUUAAUUGAGAACUUGUCAGUAAUUGCAUGUGUAAGAAAUGUGAAAUGAACAUAAAUGCCAUUGCAGUUAGGAAGAUCUUGACAGUAAAAUUGAUUACAACGUUUAUGUAGCCUGUGUGAAAUAUGUUGAAAAGUUGUCUAUUGUACUAAAUUAAUUGUUUCUAUUUAGCUGUGCAUUAAAAAUUCUUCCACAUCUGCCUGCUUAGAUCAGUAAGGAGAACCCAGAUCUACGGUUCGCAGGAUCAUUCAAUCCCGAGGCAAGGCCUUUGUUCUAUGUGAGGAUAAAAAGACAUUGUAUAUGCAGUCAUUCAUCCCAUAACUUUGAUGCAUGUGUGGAAGUUGGCAUUUACUUGUGGAGAAUAGGUUAGUACUGGUACAGGAUACAGGAAUACGGCUAGGUUAACACUUGCAGUUAAAUAACUGAAAUACUGUUGAAAAUCGGCACUAAACCCAAAACAAACAAACAGAUAUAAUGAAUAUAUAAAGAGGUGUAAAGCUUCAUUUCAUCCCAUAAAGCUUGCCUUUAUCAGUGCAUUUUGACUAAGACAUCAUGAUUGCAUUUAAGUUAAUGUAAGCAUGUCUCAUAGAUUUUACAUUUUGAAAAUAUCGCUGUUAUAUUCACCUGUUUACAUGCUUUCAUUUAUAAAUAAGUCGCUUUAUGUAUCAAUAUUUUAGUUGCACAAUCAUGCUAUGCAUAAUUUAUGUAAAAUGACUCGACAAUUAUCAAUAUUAUGUGUGAUAAUUACAGUAGUUAUACAGGGAUGGUGUGCCUUAAAGUGAUACUGGCAUGCUAGAAGAGGUAUUGGCUCAUAGGACUUUAUCCAGAAUGCCAAUACCUGUCUGGUACGCCAAUAUUGCCCAGAGGCACACCAUCCCUGUAUAACAGUCUGUUCAUUGCAUAUGUUCCACUCUACUGCUUUACUAAAAACAAAAUAAAAAUAUAAAUUUAUGUUUUAUAGUGCCUUUGAAUGUUCAUUUCAUGUGCGGGAAUGUCAGUGUUUUAUGAUGACAUUGAUACCAUUUCAUUUUAAACAUCUGUUAUAAAAUUAUGCAUUCCAGGGCCGUAGUUUCUUGUGUCAGCAUUAUUUAAUCACACUAGAAAAGAGGAAGCAAGCAAAAUAUUGUUAAUUUACCAUGUUUUCUUUUGUAAAAUAAUGUUAGGUUGUAGAUACUUGUCAUCCUGUCAAUGGAAGUACAAAAUUAGGAUGUUGUGGGCACCCGAAAAUGUGCCUGAUAUCACCAGAAGUGUGUCAGAUAUCAAAAUCUGACACACCAGCUCAUAAACAUUAAUAUCAGCCAUAUGCUGCUAUAUACGUUUAAAUUCAGUGCAAUAUUGUUACAAUAUUUAGUAACAUAUGCAAUAAAGUCAAAUACAUAAGACUUUAAACCAUCCUUAUUUCUGGUGUCUUGAAGUUUCUGUUCUUUUGGGAAAUAGAUUUUAGUUUUGCAUGCUUUGUUGGCAAAUAAAACAUGGUUUUGAGUUCAGAUGUGUAGUAAUCUAAUCAUGAAGGUCAAAGGCCAACAAAGCACACAAAACUAAAAUCUAGUGCCAUUCUAACACAUUCAAUUACACCAGGAAGGGAUACUUAUCUUGAAUCUUUUCUGAGGCGGAAUAGCCAUUUUGCGAAACGUGUUUUAAUCGACAUGACAAUACACGGUAAAAAAAGAAAAUCUUAAAAUGUUAGAAUUACAUAUAUUUCAUUUAAAGCGACUUGUUCACAAUUUUUAGGUGAAAAGUUUUUUCUUUUAAAAAUCUGUAAAAUUUGGGUACUUAAAAGUGACCAGCAGUAUAAAUUUUUUGACAUGAUUUUUGCAAGGUGCCCUAUUAAAUAACCAAAAAUAUUGUGCAGAAGAGAGUAAACGUUUGUAAUUCUUUCAUUUUUCUUGUCAUUUUACCAAGUUAGACCAUCAUAUUCAUGUAUUGUAGCAUUCAUCUUUGCAUAUAUAAAAUACGGUACAAAUAAUACAGGGUUACACAUGUGUACUCAUAAUUAUAUAGUUCAGGUAGGUUCUAGUCACUACAUAAUAUCUAUCCAAAACCAUUCAUUGUGGUAUUUCACACUUUAUAGAAAUAGGUCUAAAGUCGAAAAACAACAAAUUUAAAAUUAUAUUACAAGGUGUUUUUCAUAUAUAAUAUAUUGCUUUAACAUUACUAUAUGUAAAAAUACAUAUUAUUAUCAGUUACCUUGCAAUGAUUAGGCAUUUUUCUGAGUGGAUUUUGAAGUUUUUGAGAAUAAAUCAAAGGACACUGGCUGUGAAGUGUAUCCCAGUGUAAAACAAAUCAAGCCAAAUGUUAUUAAAUUAUUCAGUUUGUUUAGACUCGAACCUGGUUUGAAACUAAGAAUAAUAUGAAAGUUAUAUAUAGGAAUGUGCUUAUCAUACUUUGUUAAGGCUAUUGUUAACUUCAUUAACUUAUAUUUUUAGUUGACACAAAGUGUACCUUGAUCAGGGAGAUUUUCCUUGUACAUAUGUUUGCAUGUAGAUGUUUAUUUUACUUACGUGUUAAAUGUUGAUGCAGAAGAGCAGAUUUGUAAUACAAUAAACUGAUUCUUGACAGUUGAUUUAUUCAGCUGAUAAAACACAUGGUUAAUAGUUGCUUAAAAUUUUGUUUUGUCAGUUAAGUUAAAGUGUUUUGUAUGUGAAUUACUAAACAGUCAAACCUUUGCCAAGGAUGCCCAUCAAAUAAAGGCAACAACAGUAAAUCCUGCUUAAAAAGGUCAUUACCUUCCAGGUUUGACUGUAUUCAAUUAUUGUGCAAGUUGGAAUUAUAAAAGUAGAGAUCUAGUACUAAUUGUUACCUUGAUAAUUUUAAUAGCCAAGAAAACUCUACACAGCUUUGUCAGAUUUUGAUAUAAAUGAGUUAGUAUAUAUAUAUAUAUAUUAUAACAGGUUCCCAAUUUUGUAAAACAGUUUGAACACUCACAUGUUAAGGUUGUAAACAUUGCAUAAUUUUGGAGUGUAAGUUGAUAUACCAGUUCUGCUAAUAACUAAGAUGCCCUCCCUUUCAUACAGAAGGGAAACACUCCUAAUUAUAUGAUUAGUUAACAUUUUAUUUUACCUCACAUCAGAAAACACCAGAAGUUUUUAUUUAAAAAUUUGAAUAAUAGAAAAAUUUUAUGCUUAAGUAAGAACAUUUUUAUAUGAUAUUUAUUGUUCAAAAUUGUUUUAUUGUUUAGUUUAUAUUUAAAGAAGGACAGCUUUUUUAACAAACAAGUAACCAAAGAAUGUUAACAGUUACGCAUAAUUCAUUUUAGUCUAAGUACAUUAUUUUUAUCUGAAAGUAUUACUGUUUUAGAUUAAUUAUAGAAUUUUGUUCUUAAGUGCAUGUUUUUAAAACAUUUGUACUAUUUCUGUCCAAAUAUGUAUACUUGUAAAAGAAGUUUGAAGUUUUGACCUGUGAACUGUCAGCAAGAGUAAAAAUUACUGUUGGACAGUUUCCUGUUGUACAAUAUGUUUAAGGUGGCAUGUAACACUUUAUAAAAUUUGAUUCACUAACGUAUGAAAAGGUUUGUUAUAUUUUGUUAAUUUAAGAAAUUUAUAAAGCUGUACAUUUUUGGUAAGGCAUUUAAAUCUCAAAGCAGAUCAGACAAAUCUGACUAUAGAGCUGUAGAAUAAGAUAAAAGUCACUAAAGGGAAUAAUAAUAAAUUAUAAAUUUCGAGGGUUCAAUGCAAUAAGGGCGUAUCUACAUAUAAUUAUUAUAUGUAGAUACGCCCUUAUUGCGUUGAACCCUCAAUAUACUACCAUCAGGCUAACAGCUACACCCCUAUGCUAAGAAAAUUUGCUAUGCUUUAUACACUAUUGCCUGCUGAAGGGAACAUUUUCACAUUAAAGCAAUGAAUUGAUUCAAAUGUAUCACCUUUCUUAUAUGAUUAAGAAGGGUAUAGCCCUUUGUCACUGCACAUAUAAAGGCAUAAAAUUAAUUUGGGCUGGAAAUACAUUAUAAAAUGCAGUAUUUUGUUAUUAGGUAUAAUGGUGUAACCCUUGGUCAAAAACAAGAUUAUGGGAAAGGCAUUCUCUUAAAUAACACUGUCUUCUGGCAGACGUAGAUUUUCAACCUUUCUAAAAAUGUACAGGAUUGUAUAUUUUCUAAAUAAAGUUUUAAUAAAAGAUGUAAACCUUUGAAGAAUUAAGUGUAUCAAAUUUUCUAAAGCGUUGUACUUUAAAUUUCCAGCUGUUUGAUCCUUCAGAACCAUUAAAGAGUUUAUCAUAAAUUGCUGCUUCAUUUUGCAAUAUAAGUUAUGUCAUUCUAAAGCGCUUCAGGGGAGAUAAUAGAGUCUUUCUCAAUGUAAAAAUAUUCAUAAUGUCGGGUCAAUAGUCAAUGUAUUUUUCCCAGUGUGAACUCCAGUAGAUUUAUAUGUGAAAUUAAGAAACUGUUUUCCACAGUCUAUGAUAUAUUUACUUUAGGAUUAAAAUAUUUUUUCUUGUGUUCUUGUGAGAGAGAAAAUUUGCCAUUUGUAGAAUAUGACUUGUGUCUGGUUUAUCACUGAUGCAAUGCAGAAAAAAGCUUGCAAAUACAAAAAUGAUAAAAGAGGAACUCAUCAGUGUAUGAGCGUCUCAGCUUAACCAAUCAGAUUGCUCAAAUUAAUAGAUAUUGGGACUCUAUGGAAAUGAUACCUAAUGCUAAGGUACGCAAAAAAGUUUGGUGAUGAUCAAUAAAGAAACAAAACAAAAUUCAAAAUAUUAAAACGAUUUGGUGUCCUAAGUGGUUGAAAUUUACAACGGAAUACACACUUUUAAAGUUUGUUUCUUGAUGGUAAAUUUAAAGCUUAUUAAGAUGUUGUGAGAAUUAAAAAUGUACCCCUUACCAACCUCAGAAUUCUUUGGCAUGAUGUAUAAUUUGAAUUGUAUUGUGGGGCCUCCGUGGCCGAGUGGUUAAGUUCGCUUACUUUAAAUCACUUGCCCCUCAUUGAUGUGGGUUUGAGUCUCACUCGGGGCGUUAAUUUCUUAAUGUGAGGAAGCCAUCCAGCUGGCUUACGGAAGGUCGGUGGUUCUACCCAGGUACCCGCUCGUGAUGAAAUGAUGCACGGAGGGGCACCUGGAGUCUUCCUCCACCAUCAAAGCUGGAAAGUCGCCAUAUGACAUAUAAUUGUGUCAGUACGACGUUAAACCCAAUACAGAAAAAAGAAAUGUAAUGUUUCGUUAUUAUUGAGAAAUCAGGGAAAAAUGUAAUCACAGAAGAGGAAGAUCAAACAAAAACUUCUUAUAUCUUCGGUGUGCUAUGAAUGCUAUGUGUAUAUGUGCCAUAAACUUGUUGUAAGAUAUUCUUUUUGUAUAAAUAAUAUUUAUUACAUCUAGAAUUAGGAUUGAUAGCCUAAGCAUUAACUUGUAUUUAAAUAUUUGAUGGUACAGUAGACACUCUUUAUUGUUUGUUAGAUAAAACAUUUGUGACAUUAGCUCUUGUCCAGUCCCUAUCUAGAAGAUAUGUUGUUAGUGUGGGCUUCGGCUCUUAGUUAGUUGAUUUCAGUUUAGUAGAAAGCAUGUGACAUAGGUCUGUAAAUACAUCACUGACCUCAGUCUUAUAUAUUUCCACUUUGACACAACACUUUAUGCAUUUCAAAUUCUUGUUUAAUAUAAACUCCACACACUUUUCUAUAACGUACCAAUUACAUUUAGACUACAUGUAUAUCUAAACACUGUAGCAUACAGUAACUGUUCAGGAUCACAUGUUUAGAUUACCUGAUUGGGACAUUUUGUAAAUAUUUAACUUGUCUUACCUGUAACCUGAUCAAAAGAUAAUUUUUGUCUUCAAAACAUUCCUUGCCAGAUACAUAGUAUUGUGUGUGUGAUAAAUUGUUAGAUUAUAGUUAUAAUAUGGCUGCGUAUAUCAUGAAAUAUUUUGUACAGGUCAUUAUUUGUAAAUAAUUCUCAUGAGUCCAUGAAAAGAUGUAUAUAUUUUAUAAUCUUCAUCAUCAUAUAUACAUUCCACAUUUUUUUUUACAUUAUACACAUAUAUCUUCUUUUUUUAUAUGUUUGGUAUCUUGCAAUAUACAUGUAAUAGACAUUACACUGGUACAUUUGUUUAGCUGUAACACUUUGUAUGCUCAUUAACCUUGAGCCUGCUAAAUUUCUAAAAUGGACUGGUCCAUCAUUCAAUUUGGGGGCAAUACCAUUUAUUAUUCGAAGGGGUGUUCACUGAAAUUUAACUGGCUAAAUAAUGAACGGUGCAGAUCAUGAUCAGCCUGGUCUGCACUAGUCGCAAAAGCCGAAUCACUUGCUGCCAGCAGGCUAAAGGUUAAAGAAAAUUUAAAAUAAAAUAAAAAUUAGUGUAGAAAAACCUUGUGAUUGAAAAAUAAUCACUAAGACAGAUUUUAGUAAUAAAGUUAGGCAGUCUGGUCAGGAUCAAUGCUGUUCGCUUUCAAAGCCUAUUGCAAUUAGAGAAACUGUUAGUGAACAGCAUGGAUCCUGACCAGACUGCGCGGGUGCGCAGGCUGGUCUGGAUCCAUGCUGGUCGCAAAGCCACUAUGUUGGUUUUCCCAUGACAUGGCUCACUUUAGUAUUAAUCAAAACAUGGUUAGCAGAUAAUAGAACUCUGUGUGUUCUUUCCUUAGACAAUAUUUCUUCUGUAUUUAUAAGAAAAGGUAUAUAGUUUUUCUACUUUCAGAACAAGAAACAACUUUCUGUAUUCACAAUAUUUUUAAUUUAGCAUGGUAAGGAUUAAUGUCAAAAUUUUCUUCCAUAAUGGUAUUUUUUUGAUGUACACUUGAGAUAUAUUUCUGUAAGUAAUAAAAUAUAAUGCUGAUCCUUGGGUAAAUAUUUUACAGACUGCAAGUUAAUUGUUUCAUAAAUGUUUGUACCAGUGUAGAUUGAAAUAAUAUAAUGUAGUUAAAAUAUCACAAAUUA